AAAGCUCUUGGCUUGGCGGCACUUUUUUUAAUGGCGUCUGCGUGACUUGUUUUGCUGCUCUUCUUGGCUUUUCGGUUUAGUCUUCAAUUCGCGGGCGACGUGAUCGGUCGAUCGUUGUCGUAUUGCGCUUUUAUAACUUUGCCUAACGCAUCUUGCACAACAGCGCGCGCGCAAAUGCUUAAAGCUCUCUCUCUCUCCAUUUCUCUCUCUGCUGCGUACUUGUGGCGCAGGCAAGUUAAGAAAACCUGUGCAUGCCAAGUGUAGACAAAUUGUAGAUAAAAAUUAAAUAAAAUGAAAACGUAAACGUAAAGAAAAAGAUCUGAAAGUGCGCCCAACUUUUAACUGAAAACUAUAAAAGCUAUAGAAAUCCAACAGAGAAACACUCGAUGCAUUUUAAGUUUCCCUUGAACACACAUUGACUAAGUUAAUAUUUUGGCCUUGAAAUGUUUCCAAAUCAAAACAAUGUGGGCGCUGCGGGUGCAGCAGGCGAUGCCCAGCAGCUCAACUACAAUGGCCUACAGCAGCAGCAGCAGCAGCAGCAGCAGCAACAGCAGCAGCAGCAACAGCAACAACAGCAGCAACAAACUCAACAAUUGUCACAGUCCACGAAGAAUGUGCGAAAGAAACCGUAUGUGAAGAUAACGGAGCAGCCCGCCGGCAAAGCAUUGCGUUUUCGCUAUGAAUGUGAGGGCCGCUCGGCUGGCUCCAUACCCGGCGUCAACUCGACGCCCGAGAACAAAACCUAUCCAACCAUCGAGAUUGUCGGCUACAAGGGACGCGCCGUAGUCGUUGUGUCCUGUGUCACCAAGGAUACGCCAUAUCGUCCACAUCCGCAUAAUCUGGUAGGCAAGGAGGGCUGCAAGAAGGGCGUCUGCACCCUGGAGAUCAGCAGCGAGACGAUGCGAGCCGUGUUCAGCAAUUUGGGCAUUCAGUGUGUCAAGAAGAAGGACAUCGAGGCGGCGCUAAAGGCGCGCGAAGAGAUUCGCGUGGAUCCCUUCAAGACUGGAUUCUCGCAUCGCUUUCAGCCAUCGAGCAUUGAUUUGAACUCGGUGCGUUUGUGCUUUCAAGUAUUUAUGGAGAGCGAGCAGAAGGGACGCUUCACUUCGCCUCUGCCGCCCGUCGUCUCCGAGCCGAUCUUCGAUAAGAAGGCCAUGUCCGAUCUAGUUAUAUGCCGGCUGUGCAGCUGUUCGGCCAGUGUGCUGGGCAACACGCAAAUCAUAUUGCUGUGCGAGAAGGUGGCCAAAGAGGAUAUCACGGUGCGUUUCUUCGAGGAGAAGAACGGUCAGACGGUGUGGGAGGCUUUAGGUGAUUUUCAGCACACGGACGUGCACAAGCAGACUGCCAUUACGUUUAAGACGCCGCGAUAUCAUACGCUUGAAAUAACGGAACCCGCCAAGGUUUUCAUACAGCUGCGUCGACCCUCGGAUGGCGUUACCAGCGAGGCUCUACCCUUUGAAUACGUGCCAUUGGAUUCAGGUAGGCAUACGUUCUGGAAUCUUCAUCGGCAUCUUAAGAGGAAGCCCGAUGAAGACAUCUUUCAGCAAAUUCUAACGAUCGAUGCGGUCGAUCGAUGCUCGGCCAAGCGCGAGACCCCCACGAUUGAGGUAAUUGAUCUAAAUACGCCCACCUUGGAGCAGCCAGAACCUCAGCUGCAGCAGGUAGCAGUGGCGGUGGCGGUGGCGGAGGCAGAGGCGGCAGCGGCAGCGGCAGCCGAGGAUCUCACAGAUCAGACACCAUUAGACAUGGAGGCAGCAGAUGCUGAAGCUGAGGCGGAGCGACUGCGCACUGAAUUGGAAAUCGAUACGAUCAUUGAUGAAAAGGUGCGCGAAUUGGAGCAGCUGGAGCUGGAGCAGCAACUGGAGCAGCAGUUGGCAGCGCCAGAGCCGCAUCAACUAACGGCCAACGACAAAUGCAACGAGUGGAUGAAGUCCAAUGAGCUGCUACAACAGCCUCACGAGCCGAGUCCAGAUCCAGUUGAUGGCGAAGUCGAGGCCGACGACAGCGAUGCCACAGCCGAAACUCAGGUGGCCGCCACGGAUGAGGACAAGACGCUCAACGAGCUGCUCGAACAGGUGGCCGAGUUGGAUGAGAUCUACACAGACUUCGUAAUGCAGCGGGACACUUACAAUAAUACACUGCAGAACGAGCUGCAGAGCAUGGACAGGCCGCCUUUGCAGGUGGAGGAUAGCUUCGAUGAUGCAGCCACCUAUACAAGUCUGCAGAUCGCCUUCAAGAAUCCAGUAAUCAUACCCAUGGAUGAUAUCAUGCCCCCGACACCACCCAUGUCGCAGUGCGCGCCAGAAGAUGCGCAGCACUACGAUGCAGUAGAGGUGAACUCACAGCAACAACAGCAGCAGCAGCAGCAGCAGCAGCAACAUCAGCAACAGCAACAACAGUUGCAACACCAGCAAGAGUUACUUAAAGAGUACGAGAUGGAAAAACGUGCACAGGAGCAGCUUGAGCUGGAGGCAGCUCUGAUGCUUGCAGCUGCUGAGGAGGAGAAGUUGCCGCCGCUGCCGCCCAAACGUCUGCGCAAACAGGACAGCAAUGCUGAGAAUCGCUCGAUCGAUGCGAACAGCGAUGCGGCGUCCCCAGCUAAGGAUAAGCCACGCCUGCCGCCUCCAAUCAUACACCCACGCGUCGUCGAUUUGCCCGCAGCGCCUACAAAGAAGCUGCCACAACCACCGGAGACAAAGCCCAAGCUCAAGCCGAAGCCCACAAAGAAUCCGAAUUUCAAUACGCUGCCCAGACAAAAGAAGCCUGGCUUCUUCUCCAAGCUGUUCGCGAGGCGUAAGAGCAAGCCGGAGCUAAUGGAUCGCAGCAAUGAGAAUUGUUCGAGACUCGGCUCGAAGCCGGCCAGUGCCACAGCCAGCAGUGAGCCCAGCUUGGAUAAUCUGAAUACUCGAACGGCCAAAAGCAGAGCAACCAAUGUGGUGCUGGGUCCAUUGAAGUCGGAUGGCACUGGUGCCACGGCCACACCUCGGAAAACUGGCAAAUCUGGCAAGCCCUGCGGCCGCAGCGUGAGCAGUGUCUCAGGCAAGCGACCCUCGUAUCUGAACGCAGAUGUGGUGCAUAUUCCACUGAAAGGCGACAGCUCCAGCAGCUUGCAACAGUCGCCCAAUGAGGCCUACUCGAGUGCCAGCACAAUAACAGUAGGUGGCCAGCUGGACAGACGCACUGCGUCCGCAUUGCAGCUGGCCGAGAUACCCAUCAGCGAGGGCGGCAUGGAGCUGGUGGCCAUUGCCGAUCGCCAGAGCUUGCACAACUUAGUCAGCUCGAUCGAGGCGCACUUCAACGUGAAAAUGGACCCCAAUUUGGAUCUCACGGAAGUCGAACAUUUUGCUCUAUACACGAGUGUGCCACCCCAAGCGACGGUCAGUGAAUUCGACGAGACGUCCGCCUACUAUGCAUCUGUGGAUGCUGGCGAGAUUCUAACACCUGACCAGGUGGCCAAGCGACUGGCGGCAGCAAACGGCAAUUGAAUGCUGCAAACUCACUUGCAGCUCUACGAACAACAACAAUCGACUAAACAAUUUAGCUGGUCAGCUGAGGAAAGGGAUGCUAUAUCCAAUCCGACCUGGCCAAUUUGUAUGAUUAGAUAAGCAAAGGAUCUCUUUGCCAUUGCAAUCGUCGAUUGCAUAUUGUAAUAUGUAUUUUUUUAGCCCUACGAACAAACUUCGCAUCGACUAAAACAGUUUGUAUUGAACGGAUUCCAUAGCGAAUUCCUCUACCCUUAAUCAUCGACUAAAACAAUUUGUGUGGUUAGCUAAGAAAAGGACUUGAAGUCCUUAAACCAGUUUACACUUGGCAAAGAGCGCUACGUGAACCAAGCGUUCAAGCGUUCGCCUAAAAUUUGUAAUUGUAUUUGUUUUAGAACCUGUUGACACGCAGCCUGUAUACCCUGUAUUAGAUGGGUAUGCCAAUUUUGUAAGCGUUUGUCAACGGAACUUGAUUUGUGCAGCAGCUCGAACUUUUCGCUGCUCAAUUUUGUCUUGAGGGUGCGCUGAGUCGUCGCACCCAAAUUUUGUAUUUAAUAGAUCUAAGGGUUCCUUGAACCGAGUCAAGACUUGUCCAGCUUGUUGGCAAUUAAACGAAUUGCUAUACUCUCUUUUUUAUAGAUCCAGCACACUUGAGGCGGAAACGUCAAAAGACUGGCGGCGAUCCCA